AUGGAGGACCCUGCGCCCCAGGUGCCCGCCACCGCCAGGCCUGCCCACCUGCUCCUGGCUGCAGCCUGUGCCUCCAUCUCCUGCAGCCACCUUGGGAGGCCCCCUGAACAGGGUGGCCUUCAUCAGUUCUCCUGUCAAGACUCUCCUGAUGAGGUGUGCACAGCAGCGCCCGCUGAAGCCCACCUGCCGGACGGAGCCCACCUGCCCGACGGGGAGCCUGCGGAAGAUGCUGCUCCUGCCAUAUCCCCGUCGGCUCCUCCGGCUCCUGUGACACUGUGUCCUCUACCUCUGGCCUCUACCCUGUCAGCAGAACAUCAAGACCAAUCUGACUUGAAGGGAACCCCACUGGGUACCAUUGUAAAGAGCUCACUUCCCAGUAAUGCCAUUGUGGCACUGCCCAGCCGAGCCAUCUCCCGCGUUGGCCACUCAAGCUGUCCCCUUCCAGCCCUGUCCUGGUGGCAGGAGGCUGCCAGAGCCUUGUACCUCUCAACCUCAUCACAGCGCAAGUCCCAGCAAGAGCACCUGUCCCACCACCCACCCAAGGCCUCAUUCCGGGGAGACCCCACAGACAGGCAGGUAGAGCCUGGUAGCCUCGCAUUUGUCAACCCUGGAGUCCAGAGGCUGCUGGAGAUUCUGCUCACCAAGAGGGCAGAACUGAUGAUGUGGAAGGAGAAGGAGAAGGAGGGGUCACUUUCAAAACAAAUGGUCCCAGGAUGCCACCUGUGCUCUUUGGGGAGUAUGUGGAAGUCCCUGGGUGCUGAGCAGGACACCCCAACCCCCCAACCCUGCUGGAGCCUGAGGGACAAACAAGAGCAGGUGCCUGGUCCUCAGCAGUUGUCACAUAUCAAGCUCCAGCAGAAAUGCAGCCAGCUCUUCUGGGGUCUCCCCUCUCUGCACAGCGAGUCCCUGGUGGCUACUGCCUGGGUUUCAAAGAGCUCUUCUUACCUACAGCCUCUUUCAGUUUUAUUCAAUGGAAACUCUAAUGACUUCCCAGUUCCAGUGCAGCUUAGAGCACCGGCAGGGCUUUCCCAGGCCCCACCCUUGCCCCUUCCUGGGGCCCAACCCCUACCUUCCCAGCCCCCACCUCUGGCUCCGAUCCAGACCCAGACCCAGAAUCUCACAUCCUCCCUCUCAAUCCAACCACCUUCUUCUCCGCACCAGAUGGGGACCUCUGGGGUGUCUUGCCCUACAGCCCAGAACAAAAAUAUCCCUUGCAUCCCAAAUGAAAUUCAACAUCUGGAAAGUUCCUUGUUGCAGAAGCAACAGAAAAGGGAGAAGGCUUUACCCUCUGUGACCAAGAGAUCUCAGGACGUCUUUAGCCAACCCACUCCCAACCUUCCCCAGCAUAGUGGGGUCUCCCAAGGCCCCGGGUCAGUUUCUGGUUUUCAGAGGGACUUUAUCAGCCCUAAUCUCCAGAAGCUACAUCUUCAAAAGGGGCUCGUGGAAGAUGAGCAGCGUGGCGGUCUGCACUUCAAGGUCCAGGUGUCUCUGGAAUUGAAGCAGCCUCAAGGCCAAGUGCCCCAGGUGUGUCAGGUACAAGAUAAGCAGGGGCCCUUGCAUCUCUCUGUGUUUGCAAGUAAAAGCAGCCAGGACCCACAGAAGAUGGAGUCCAGGCACCAGAGAAAGUCCCAUGGGAAGGGCCAACCAAGGAAAGACUUCAGUAGGCGUCUACGGCAAUGUAGGAGGAAGAGGAGCCCAGAAGGUCUCUCCAGAGACUCAGCUACCUUUGUAGUGAAGGCUCUGGGAAUCAGCUCCAAAAAGAAGUCAGAAAGAGACUUGAAGCCCCCAAAGAGUGACUCAGGAACUUGCUUACCCAGAAGCACAGAUCAGAACCAUUUGGUCAGGAAGUUAGAGCAGAUCGAUCAGGACUUGGACCCUCUGAGAGUGGAUCAACCCUGGCUUGCUGACAACCAUGCUUUUCCCAAGGGCAACACUCACAUGGGAACCAGAAAUCUAGCAACUGCAGAGAGUCGGGAACAUUACGUGAACACCUCCUGCGAGCUUUCCUUCCUCAGUCCCAGCACUCGACAGAUGCUGGAAGUACAUUUUCUAAAGUUUCAGGUGAGGUGCGAGUGUGGCCUGUCCCUCCCGGCCUUUGAGCCCAUAAAUCUCAAGCUACAUGAGGCUCAAUAUUCGCACCUUCCACAGUCCCCUUUGCCCAGUUCAGCUGCUUGUGUACCUGAGGUCCACUCAAAAGCCAAGUUCACCAAGGCCUUGGGAAAACAACCUCAGGCCUUUUCAGAAGAGGUGAUAACAAAAGAGUCAGGUCGCCUCCCCACCACCUCUGCGAAUGCAAGUAAAAGCAGCCAGGGGUCAUUUGAGAAAAGCCAGACGUCCAUUGAAGGGACACCGCCUGGUUCUGGCCAUGGGCUCUCAGAGGCCCCUCGGACUAGAGAGGAGAGCAGGCCGCCUUCUCAGUCCCUCGCACCCAUCCUCCGUGGAAAAACCCAGCAGAACGGUACUGUCAUGGAUGUUAAGAAAAAGAGCCCAAAGCCAAAUCCAAGUUCAACAGUAGCCAGGAAGGAGGCAAAGCAGGAGAAAGGGACUCAGACUCCAGAAGAUCCCUGCCAGAGGCCAGCGAUACUAGAAAAGAAGGUAUCAUCCCACUCUUCAAGGGCUGAAGAGUCCAGGAAGGCAGUGGAGGCUGAGACGGACCCUGCUUGGGAAGUCAUUGUGGGACCCAGAGUGCUGGGCAAUAUCCAAACCACUUAUACGGAUAUGAAGAGAUCAGGGUCUCCAGGACCCACUCAAAGUUCCUCACCACUUGCAAACUCAGUUGCCCAAUAUCUAAAAGAGCCGUACCUUACAACAAAGAAGACCAGUAAGUUUGAGCUUCAAGGGAAGGUAGAGUCAGGGAGCCAGCUUCCAGACCACGCCCCUGGCUUGCUUCUUCCAGACUGUUACAGUGACGUCCUCCUGCAAGACUACGCCACCGGCAUGCUCAUCCAAGACGACGUCACCAACGUGCUCCUGCAAGACCCUCACACGGAUGUGCUGCUCGCUGCCGACAUCUUGGCUUCUCACUGGGCACUGUGUGGUUCCCAGGGGAAAAAAACCAGUGGGGACAUGCCAGCUGCCCAGGGGCCAUAUAACCUCAUAUGGAGUAGACAGAGCAGCCAGGGGCAGCAGGCACCCGGGAUAGCAAAAGUUAAGGCCCCCUGGAAGAGCCAAAGAGAAAUGUUGGUCCCCACUGAUCAGAGGGAGGACAAGAGGAGGCCCAAACCAGGACAGCACAAAGAAGGGCUGGCAGAACGGAGGACCUCACAAACCAGAGGGAUGAGCCACCCUCCUCAGGUGAGGGGUAAAGGAGACACCCUCGGGAGGAAAUACCUCCAACGCCUGCCAGAGGAAGAAUUGGUUUUUGUAGAAUGCAACUGUACGAAAAAGAUGAGGCACUCUCUACAGGACAAAGGACCAAAAGACCCCCUUCAAAAAGGCCUGCCUGCCUCAGCCAUUGGCCGGAGCCAGGAACCAAUCAAAAGCAGAUCGUGUGUGGACACUGGGCCCAUUGAAGCUCAGGCGAUCAUGACAGCUGUGGGGCAGAUCCUGGUGGAGAAGUUAGCAUGUCACCAAGAACUUCAUGGCCAGGAGUUCAGUUAG